AUGGACUGGGAUGUGAGUAAGCCAGUAAGCUUUGCUUCUGGAGACCAUCGACAUCUGGUUCAGAAAGUUGCAAAUAGAGGUGGCUACUCCAAAUUGGGUCAGUCCUACAUGGCUUCCUCUGAAGGCAGGUCACAGGAUACUAAAGAGAGUCCAUAUCCAAAGGCUAGAGAGCAAGCAAGCAUCUAUGUGGUACAAAUUUCAGAAAAUGAUUGCCCAAAUGAGACGAGCACAGACUCAUCCAAUCCCUUCGCAGACCCACCUGUCCGCAGAGCUUUCAUUGUAAAGGUGUUUACCAUCUUGUCCAUUCAGUUGCUUACCACGGCAGCAAUCACCAGCUUGUUUGUUCUCAUGAAAGGUUUAAGAACGUGGGUCACUGUCCACCCCUUGUUCAUCUAUGCACUCUUCCCAGCGUUUUUUGUUGUCUUUAUUGUACUUGCUUGCUGUGGAGAUCUCCACCGCCAGGUGCCUGCAAAUUACAUUCUCCUGGGAUUCUUUACACUUCUUCAAGGUCUGCUGUUAGGAGGUGUGUCAGUUUUCUAUAAUGCGGAGGAAGUAUUAUGGGCAACGGGAGCAACCACCGUGGUGACAUUAUCGCUCACUUUAUUUGCUCUACAAACAAAAUUGGAUUUUACUUUGCUAAACGGAGUCCUGUUUGUGUGCAUCAUCGUACUAAUGAUCUUUGGAAUUGUCCUAAUUGUUGUACGAACAUUAUGGCUACAUGUACUGUAUGCUGCUCUGGGGACGGUACUUUUCUCCAUGUACUUGGUGAUGGAUGUGCAGCUGAUGGUUGGAGGGAACCAUCAUUCUACCCUCAACGCUGAAGAGUAUGUGUUUGCUGCUCUGAAUAUCUACUUGGAUAUCAUCAACCUUUUCCUUUUUAUUCUGCAACUGAUUGCAAUGGGCCGGUAG